AUGUCUGAAAACACAAGCUGGGAGGUGCUCUCGGUGAAGAUUUCGGCGAUUUUGCCAAACUUGUUGCAAGAUGUUGACACCGACCAAGUGACCGUGAACCAGCUGCGCGACCAGGUGGCCACGGCCCUCGGUGUGGAUGUGCCUACGCUGCAGACGCACGCCGAGGCAUUCCGCGCCCUGGUGCGGCAACUCAUGGGCGAGCGCCGUGGCUUGCUGGAAGAGAUUGGCCAGGAAACUGCGAAGGUCCAGUCCGUUUACUUGUGCACGGUGAGUCGUCUACUUCCACACACUGAGGCCGCCGGGAACUGGCGGGACAUCAGGCGCGGCUUGGGUGUGCGCGGUCCAAAAAGUUGUAAUCGGUUAGCAAUGCCCCUUGACAGGACUUUGCAGCGCUCCGAGCUUGCUACCUUUGUUCGGGACGCCUUUGAGAACGCGGUUACUGUGGGCAAAGGAGGCAACGCCAGCGCUGCGCAAACCAAGGUCCUCAAAUUGGCUGUUUUUCGAGAAUCGCACGAAGACGAGACGCCGCAUUUCCAUGUCGCGAUUUUGUUGAAUCUGCGGAGGGCCUGGAGAGCUGCGAAGAGGACUCUUCUUGAGCGGUACAAGCUCCCUUCCCAUUUCUCUUCAUCACACACACAGUGGUGGAGUGCUGUGCGGUACGGAGCAGUGGCGUCGCUGAAGAAGCCGGACAUCGACCCUGCCCCCUUCACAUAUUCUGCUGAUGGAGCAAGUUGGAGUUUGUGGGAGGACUCCCAGAGGCCAUUCAACGCUAUCUGUUGGCAAAAGCGGACAGAGGCAGCUGAGCGGAAACGGCUGACGGAGGCAAAGCCGGGCCCCGCCAAGUUCUGCAAGAUGGACCUGACAGCUGUGAUCAUCGCCCAGAAGCUGAAGACCAAGAGCGCUGUCAUGGACUACGCCCAGAGGCGCGGCACCGAGCAAAUGCAGAAGUGGGUCUGCGCAAACCAGCGGCGACUCAGCGAGCACGUGGAGGAUGCGUGGGAGUGGGAUGGCGCACCCAAGGCGGCUGCGGAGGAGGCUGAGUCUGAGUGGGGCUUGGUGCUGCAGGCGGCCAGUCAGACAUGCCCCAAAGGCGACGACUGUUCUUAUCGUGCAGCGGCAGAGUUGUUCUUCCUCGCCAACCCUACUGUGCGGCGGGAGGAGUUGGCGGCAGCUCUCCGCGCUGUGAUUGUCGAGGGCCCGUCCAAGGUUCACCGAGUGCCUUUCCUGAUCGGCCCGAGCAACAGUGGCAAGACCACUCUGGUGCAGCCACUUGAGAGCCUGUUCGGAAGUACAAGGGUGUUCCACAAGCCGCCGCUGAACUCUGGCUUUCCCUUGGUCAACCUUAUGAAGGGAAAGAGGUUCAUCUUCUUCGAUGACUACCGGCCCAUUGAGUACUGCCAGAGCACGAUUGACCUGCCAACCUUCCUUUCGCUGUUCCAGGGCGCUUGGUUUGAGAUCAAACAAUCCCAAGCUUUCAGCAAUGGCUACGCUGACUACAGGUGGCAGAAGGGGGUCUGCAUGACGGCGAAGGAUGAGAACUUGUGGGUGCCCUAUGGAUCGAUUGGCCCGGAAGAGGUGGCCCACGUCCAGAACCGACUGUACCAGUUCCGCUGCACGGCUGUCCUGAACAACUUGCGUCGCACGGACAGCUGCGCUCUGUGCUUCGCAUCGUGGCUUGUGGCUGGCGCAGCAGCUGCGGACGCGGGCGCCUUGAGAGCAAGGGUCUUGGUCGCAGAUCAGGAGGCCAGCGAGCAGCCAGUGAUUGGCUUGGCCCAUCUUCUUGAGAUUGCAGAACUCAGUGACCGCUUGGGCGCGUUUGAAGUGGACUGCCUUGCUCUCGGAGCCAGGCGUGUGUCCGAAUUCACUGCGGAGGACUGGCGUGCUGCGCCGUGUUUCAAGGCCUUGCGCCCUCUGGAGCAGCGGCGGCUGCUCAAGGCAGCGCAGGCUGCUGUCUGA